AUGUCGUUGGGUCUACCAGAAGCGAAGCCGGACACGAUGGAGGAGAUUUUCUCCGAAAAGUGUCAGCGCAUCGAAUUGGAGGCCUACAGUCUCUAUCACUUUGACGAAUUAGUGAUAGAUGGGCGCAGAUAUCAAUACCGCCUUUCCUCCAAAGGCGACGUAAUGACCGUGGUUUGUAGACUUGCGGGUCAGGAUCUUCUCCUCGUCUCCGUGUGGACUAACAUGGAGCAUGAGAAUCGCAUUCGCGAGAUCCAUCAACACAUCCUGGAGCGUGAAAAAGCCACUCCUCCUCUUGAUCCUAAUCAAGGCCGGGGUUAG